UGAACCAAUGAGAUCUCCGUUGUGUGAUGGCAUCUACGAAUGUGGAGAACACGAGGUUUGCGUACAAGGGAAGCGAGCGCCUGCAAGCACCGAUCCGGCCGUGCCCGGGGCGAUUUUUGGAACCGCGCAGGCGCAGACAAUGGCCGCCAGUCCACCGGGCCGUUGCCACACUUGUGCCACAGUGCCACAAUUACAAUGUCCAGAAGCACAGGGCACUCACUUUCCACCUCCUCCCUAUAAAAGAGCGACGACAUGGACGGGCACAGGUCAAUCAUCCCCUCUUCCAUUCCACACAGGCUGCCCCUCUCCUGCACUAUGCAGUACAGCCCCGUAUCCAGCACGUCUCGCCCUCGCUUCCCAUCCUUCGAUUCCGGAUACUCGUCCGACGACUCGUCCGCCAUGGACUAUCACCAGGGCCCGUCCGUGUCGCCGUCUCCCAGCAUGAUAAUGGAUUGCGUGCCGCAGCGGAACUCGAGGCAGACGCCGUACAUGACUACCGAAUGGAACUGCCAUGCGUGCAUGGUGGGGUUCAACAGAAAGGCCGACCUCGGGCGCCACGAGGAAACCAAUCGGCACCUGCGAAACGAGAAUCGGAACACGGCCGACGCGCUCAUCACCUCCUCGUCGCGGCGGGAGCGGGUCGGAAAGUUCGUCUGCGACAUGUGUGGCGACAAGCUGAGUCGCAAGGACGCACUGAGCAGGCACAAGAAGAGCCGCCACGGCGUCGCCCGUGCCACAUAUGAAAUCUCUCGCUCACAUCUGGGAGAGCUAAUCAAGUUCGAGACCAUGGAGCCCAAAUCCGAGCCCGUCGAACACGCGUAUGAGCCUGUCAUCGUCCCCAAGAUCGAGCCGAUCGAGCCAACGCUCAGCGAGCGGGUUGAUCCCAGCCUCAUACUCGUCAAGGCCCACUUUGAGAGCGAGGAGGACGACUAUGAGAGCGAGGACGAGCCCGAGAGCGCGUGUGAAAGUGAGAGCCUGGGCGAAGAAGACAGCGAAAGCGAGAUGGAAUACGACAGUGGCGAGGAGGAGGUGGAAGAAGUUGAGGAGAGGCCCGUCCUUCGAACCUACUACGACCCCGCGAGGAACAUGAGGUGGAUGACUCCCCGCUGAACCUCACUCGCCUUUCACACUCGCGCGGCAAGUCUCCCUUCCUAAUCUCAGCAUUCGUUCUCUGUAUGGCAAUUCAUCGGCGUGGCUGAGGACGUUAAAAAGCCGAUUACUUUACGAACAUAUUUCUUUUCCUGCACUGGCCCCGCUUUUCAGUUCUAUUAUAGCUAUCACCUGUACCAAUUGCUACUUACAUGCCAGAAAUCCACAUUGUAUCCUUGGUCCCAUC